AUGGCCAGCGCGUCGUGCCUCGCAAAGGUGAACCUGCAGCCGUCCCCCUGCGCUGCCGGUCUUAGAAGCCAGUCCGCGGAUUGCGCGUCGUUGCGCAAGAGCGUCGCGGUGCAGCCAUGUGGCGUGCGGAGGGGAGGGAGCGUUCGCGCGCACAAGGACGCGGAGAGGGUUGGCGUGGCGGCGGCGGCCGUGGCUCUGACGUCGCAACUCACGGCCGCAAAUGCCGCGCUGGCCGUGGACGCGGACCAAGUGGAGGAACUGGCUAAGCAGACUGCUGACCUGGCAACCAAGGUCUACAGCACGAGCAUCGACGUGGCAGAGCAGGUGGUUCGCGUCACCAAGCCGCUGGUGGAGGCGGCAGCGCCGGUGGUGAUCGAAGGGGCACAGGAGGCGUUAAAGGCGGCGGCGCCGGUGGCGUCGGACCUCGCGGAGAAGGCGUCCAAGGCGCUGCAGGACUCGGGCGUCGACGUCGCGCCCGUCGUCGAGGCCGCCAGGACGGCGGCGAGCGUGGCGGACGGCGUGAGCGACAGCACGGGGCGCGCGAUCACGGCGGUGACGCCAUACGCGACGUCGACGGUGGACCUCAUCAGCUCCGCCGACCCCACCGCGCUCUCCAUCGCCGCGGGCGGGCUCUUCGGGCUCUACCUGCUGCUGCCCUCCAUCGGCCGUGGCAUCGCCUACUCCUUCCGCGGCUACGCAGGCGACCUCACGGCAGCGCAGGCGUUGGACGUGUUGGAGAGGGAGGAGAGCGUGCUCGUGGACGUGCGCUCAGAGGACCAGAAGCUCUCCUCCGGCGUGCCCUCUCUGCCCCGCGGCCUCUCCCGCAAAAUCAUCUACGUCCCAGUGGAGGAGGUGCCAGUGGAGCUGCGCGACCAGCUGAAGAACCCCUUGAACACGGAGGCGGAGCUGACAGCCAUCAAGGUGGCGUCGCUCAAGAGAAUUGGCCGCCGCGCCAAACUCAUCGUCAUCGACAACUUCUUGACCAACCUCCUGAUUGUGACGUCCACUCAAUCCUCCCCUCUCUCCCUCGUCUCUUCCCCACUCUCCUCCCCUUUCUCGCACCACCCCCUCCCAACACCCCGUUUCCGUCAUCACCCGUCUCCUCCCUGCAGCGACAACGAGAUCUCAAAGCAGGUGGCGAGGUCGCUGGCCUCUCUAGGCUACCGCAACGUGUGGGUCGUGCGCGACGGCGUGGAGGGGCGGGCCGGGUGGGCGGCGAGCCAGCUGGCGAUCGACUCGUACGAUGGGCCGCCCACUAGCUGGCUUGCCUUUCCAAAUUCACCCCCUCCCCGCGACACCAUGCCGCUUCGCCCCGCAAUCACAGCGCCCUUCGUUUCUGCCUUCCGCCCGUGUGCCUUGCACAUCCUUCCGCGCGCCGUUCCGCCACCCAUCCCUGCACCCAUGGCUGCGCAGAUCCCUGCGCUCGUCGCUGCGCCCACAGGCACGGACCUGAGGGAAACCAGCGGCACCAUUUUCACACGAAGCCGCACGGACCGCCGAAGCCAAUCCUCGUCGCAAUCGGUUCCUCGCGAAUCGUCGCUACGGCCUCUGGCGAGCCGGCUUUCCUCGUCGCUCACCCGCCGCGCCCCCUCCGCUACCUCCUCUCCUGCCCAGCGAAUCCCACUCGCCACCGCCACGUCAGCACGGACCACUCUCCGCGACGCGCAUAGCGGGGGAGCCAGGGGAUUGCGCUGUGCAGGUCGGGCGGACGCGCAUGCAUCCGGGGAGGCGGGCGCGGGGGCCACGCGAGGAGGCGAGAGCAGCGCGUGGCAGGUGGAGCUGGUGCCGUGCCUCACGGACAACUACGCUUACCUCCUCCGCAAUGCCGCCACCGGCGCCGCGCUCGUCGUCGACCCCGCGGAAGCCGCGCCCGUGGAGGCGCGACUGGAGGAGGGGGGGGCGGGCGGCAAGCUGGCGGCUGUGCUGUGCACGCACCACCACUGGGACCACACAGGCGGCAAUCUGGCGCUAAAGGACAAAUACGGCGCCACGGUGGUUGGGCCUGCUGCUGACAGGGAUCGCAUUCCAGGCAUUGACGUGGCGUUGUCAGAUGGUGACACGUGGCAGUUCGAGGGGCUAGAAAUGCACGUGCUGCACACCCCCGGUCACACCCGAGGCCACUGCGCGCUCUACUUCCCAUCCCUGGCAGCGCUAUUCACGGGCGACACACUCUUCUCCCUCGGCUGCGGCCGCCUCUUUGAAGGCACGCCUUCCCAGAUGUGGGCAUCUCUCUCCCGCCUGGCCUCGCUGCCGCCCGACACGAAGGUGUACUGCGGCCAUGAGUACACACAGGCCAAUGCGCGCUUUGCCGUGGCAGUGGAGCCAAACAACCCCGCUCUGCAGCAGCGGGUGCAUGAAAUAACCCGCCUGCGAUCCCAAUCACUGCCCACUAUCCCCACCACGGUGGGCGUGGAGGCGGCCACCAACCCCUUCCUGCGCCCCGCCAGUGCUGAGAUCCGCCAGUCGCUGCACAUGGGCAAUGAUGCUGCUGACGUGGACGUGUUUGCAGCUCUCAGGCGCAUGAAAGACAACUUCUAG